UGAGAAUGUCUAACAAAGGGGAUAUUCUCCGCUUUCACAUAUCAUGACUUGAUUAUUGCCGUACUUAGUGGCUUCAUAUUUGAACGCUAUCCACGUGAGGUCGCGAGAGCCGUCGUAUCAUCUAUGACGCGCGCGGGGCACGGGAGGCCAAAGCUCCUUGAACCCCCCAGUACUCUCAACUAGAUCAAACGACAACAACAACAACAAACACCCAAUCGAUGCCCAUUCGCCCGCGCUCUAUACACCUCAGCUCCGUAAUAUCUAGACCUGCGCAUAAGGCUCUAUCAUCAUCGAGGGCUGUUUGCUCCUUCCACUUUCUAGCUCCGCUCCGCCGCCCCGCAUACGACAUGCCUUCAGCACCCAAAGUUACAAACGUGGAGCCGCUGCCGGCCUCGGAGGCUAAAUGGAUCGAAUUCCAGAAGAUAUCUUGGAGCGACCAGGAGGGUAAAGGUCGCAUAUGGGAGGCGGCGGCGCGCAAGACUCGCGGACAAUCGGGUGUGGAUGCCGUUGCUAUCAGUACCAUUAUUCGUCAUCCUUCACGCCCACCAUCAACCAUCAUCAUCCUGCAGUAUCGCCCGCCCGUCGAUGCAAUCUGCGUAGAGUUCCCCGCAGGUUUGAUCGAUGCGAAAGAGACGCCAAGCGAAGCCAGCGUCCGAGAGCUGCACGAAGAGACUGGAUACAAGGGGAAACUAACCUACAUCAGCCCGACGAUAGUCAGCGACCCGGGCAUGAUCACCGCAAACAUGCAACUUGCGACCGUCGAGGUGAAUCUGAAAGAAGGUGAUAAGGAGCCUGAGCAGGCGCUUGAAGAUGGAGAGUACAUUGAGAGAGUCAUCGUGCCGCUUGAUGAACUCUUCCAGCGCUUGGAGAAGUACAGCGAGGAGGGCAAGAGGGUCGAUGCAAGGUUAUGGCAUUGGGCGGCAGGUUUGCACUUUGCGAAGACCAUGCUAUGAAUUCCGUGUGAAUAGUAUUCAGGGUUGGAAUAAUUGGAGGUUUCUCAAAUGAUGGG